AUGGCCUCAACUUCACUUGCUGUGCCUGAGAGAAAAGAUGAAUUUUGCGACCUGUGUUUUAAAUACCUGACAGAUCCAAUAGCUGUAGAAUGUGGUCACAACUUCUGUCGGCGUUGCAUCACCGAUCAUUAUCGGGAACGGAAAAGGGAAGGGCUUUUCUUCUGCCCUGUUUGCGAAGAGCCGAUCCCUGAAGGAAAACUCUGGCGAAUUCUACAGCAGCCCAGCGUGGAAGAAAAACUUCGGUUGCUUCCAGAAAAGUCAUUUGUCUGCCCGAAACACAAAGUGAUCCUGGAUCUGUUUUGUCAAGAGGAUGAGAAACUGAUAUGUGCCGUUUGUCACAAGUCAUCGGAACAUAAAACUCACACUGUAGUUUCUCCCAAACAAGCUGCUCAACCAUUAAAGGACCUGUUACGGAGCCGGAUUAUACUUCUGCAGGAAAAGAAAGAUAUAAUGGAGAACCAUCCUUCAGAUGCAGAAAAUGAAAUUGCCGAACUGCUUGAACAAAUGGAAGAAGAGAGGGGGAAGUUAAACAAUGUGUUCAAACAACUACACGAUUUUCUGCAUAAACAGGAAAAACAACUACAGAACCGAAUGAAAAUGGUAGAGAAGGAUAUUCAAAAAUCCAAGACGGAAUACCUGGAGGGGCUUUCAAAGGAACGCACUGUGCUUAAAAGUAUCAUUCAGGAGAUGAGGGAGGUGUGUGAGCAGCCAGCUGUGGAGUUCUUAAUGGUAAGAUGGUUUUAAAAGAUGGUUUUAACACUAGCCUGGGCUCGUGACCAGAGGAGAGCCACUCAGAUCCUAAACGGGGCACCUUCACUUCCCUAGGAUGUGAAAAGAUCAAAUCAUUUGCACUUCUGUAUAACUGUCUGGUUUGGUACAGCAACCAAACAGGACAGGUACAGACUUCAAUGGUUGGUUAGGCCAGCAGAAAAACAAUUGCAACCAGCCUGCU